CGGAUGUCCCGUGUUUUUCCCGGUUACCUUGACACCGUUCAGACCCCAGGGAUAGUUUUUGUUGGUCCGUCGCGUUUUGGCCAUUUUAUAACCCAGGAGGAGGGUUUAACGUCUGUGGCUCUGGACCCAAAGACAUGCUGGACUGGAACGGUUAAACCCGGGUUAUAUUCGGUUUGUAGAGUUAGCCCGACUGCUGCGGGUCCGUGCUAAAAUGUCCCGGGUUUUAAUAGUGGGAGCCGGCUUGACAGGCAGCCUGUGCGCAUGUCUCCUGAGGAGAGAGCUGCAGAACAAAGUUCAGAUAGUGGUCUGGGACAAAGCUAGGGGCUCGGGGGGCAGGAUGUCCACCAGUCGUCCCAAUGACCCCUCGUCUCACUCAGCUGAUCUCGGAGCUCAGUACAUCACCGCCACACCGGCCUACGCUCAGUCACACCACAGUUUUUACUCUGAGCUGCUGUCCUCGGGCGUCCUGCAGCCUCUUCACGGUCCGGUCGAAGGUCUGAAGCAGAAAGACGACAGCAAGAACUACGUGACGCCACUGGGCAUGUGCAGUGUGGUCAAGCACUUCCUGUCUGAGUCAGGAGCUGACUUGUUCUUCGAGCAUCAUGUGACCGGCCUGUACCGCCGCGGUGCAUCAUGGGAGGUUCAGAGGAAGGUGGGAGGCAGCGAGACGUUCGACGCCGUCGUCCUGACGAUGCCGGUCCCUCAGAUACUGCAGCUGCAGGGAGACCUGGGACACUUGCUGUCUGUCCAGCAGAAGCAGCAGUUAGACGGGGUCGUGUACUCGUCUCGUUUCGCCGUCGCGCUCUUCUUCCCUCCGGAUGUUGUCUUCAGUUUCCCCUGGGCGGCUCGAUACGUCACCGACAACCCCUGCAUCCGCUACAUCGCUGUGGACCCCCGCAAACGCAACGCAGACGCUCCCGGUCUCGGUCCGUCCCUCGUCGUCCACACCAGCGUCCCCUUUGGCCUGGAGCACCUGGAGCGAGACAAGGAGGAUGUCCAGCCAAUCAUCUUACAGGAGCUCCGCGAGCUGCUCCCCGGUCUGCCUCAGCCAAUCAGCAUCAAGUGUCAGAAGUGGCGGUUCUCCCAGGUGCUGACCUCGGUGCCAGACUGUCCGGGUCAGAUGACCGUCCUCGACCGGCCGCCGCUCAUCUGCGGCGGCGACGCGUUCAGCCACUCCAACUUUGACGGAUGCGUGGAGUCUGCACUGAGCGUGCUCAGUGUGCUGAAGGCCUCACUUUGAUGCCACUGCCGCAACAGGACCUCAUCGAGGCUGUGGACGAGUUCCAGAGUCCAACAGGAGGAUCUGACCUGAUACUGACACUGUCGGUAAUCACUAGGAGUCAUCUGUUAAAGACGAGGGUUAAGACGUUAGGUUUUAUGAAGUGUUUCAUUGAAUUAGCGUAGAAAUGUUCCAGUGAUUGAUGUUGUUUCGGUGCCUUGUCUGAAACCAAAUAAAUCUCUGUAAGGAUUUAUACAUCA